AUGGCCGAAAACGUAGUCUACGAGGAUACUCCUUUCGCUGAGUAUCUUGCCGGUAUCGGUAGUGAAGAAGAGCUGAUUAAACAACCUCUAUUUGAAUUAGAAAGAGAUUCGCAAGCUAACGAUGCCACAUUGGUGUCCCGAUUUUCACAGCAUACGUUAAACAUGCUUAAUUAUAUACAGGAAAUAUUAUCAACGGCACUUCCUUUACAAGAAGAAAACGAAUUCGAAGAACGGUUUAAAUAUUUAUUAUGCACAUCGCAUCUUUUAAACGACACGUUGUCGGUUUACUUCUAUGAUAGUAAGAAACCUAAACCAAUAGACGUCAGUGAUGCUGGAUUGUAUUUUGGCGGAAUUUCGCGUCGAAAUUUUGAAAUUUUGCUGAGUUCCAUAAUCGGCGUAAUCGUCGUCAUUCUAACUUGGUUAUUGCACGGUACAGAUUCCAAAGAUAUUGGUACAAAGAUGAUGCAAUUACCAGCUGCAUUUGCUUUGGCAUUGUGUUGUACCUUUUUCUUAUAUCGUCACAUGCGACGAAAAGCUACGAAAACAUUGUAUAAAUCAGCAUUAUACUAUUUAGAAAAACUUGUAUAUAAUUGUCAAAAUUUCGAUAUAAAAUUAAACAGAGCGUUAAUAAUGAUCCAAGAAAUCGAACUCGUAUCCCGUGGCUACAGAUUGUCCAUGCCUCUUUCUCCAAUAUCCCGUAUCGAACAAUCUUCAAAAAAUCGUCGCUGUAGUAUGCUUAGAGAAAUUGUUUAUAACAUACUUCAGGAGGCUUUCAUAAGUUAUCAUGAUGCUAUGAUUGCUAUGAGUUCUGAGAUUUUAAAAGAAAACUUGGCCAUUAUGUACAAUAUGUACAAUAUAAUUCCUCGUCCAGAAGGUGAUGAAUGGGAAUCAAAAGAAGAGGACAUUCUUGCCUUAGAGCAUUUGAAACAUUGUUUUCAGAAAGUGCAUACAAAACGUCGAGAGUUGUUGUGCCAUUUCCUCGCACUGGACGUAAUGACACCUGGAAGAGAUUCUGGACGGAGAGAUUAUGAACAUCAUUGGGCAACAGUAAAUGAACAUCUGGACAAUUUAGGGACAAUUACAGGACUUUAUCUAGACAGAAUUAUUGCGGCAUCUGCUAAUGAACUAUCUCCUAAACAAGACUUUUUGUCUCAGCAAGCUUCGCAAACGAUCACGAAUAAACAGCUUAUGACCUAUCUUCAUCGCUUAGCUUCUAUUGAACAUCAUAUUCGUGGUGUUCAGGCAAAGUUAUAUAUUUGCAAUGAAGAUGCGCGUAAAUAUUAUGAAACAGAAGGAGUUGUAGUCUCAGAGGACGAAAGAAAAUAUUUAAUGAACCAAUAUGAAUCAAUAAGCAAAGAUUUUACCUACAUGUUCCAAGAAUGGGAAGAUGGAAAAAAAGCCUUAAAGGACGUAAUGGAACCAAUGCAAGUAGAUUCAGAUUUAAGCAACAGCCGUCAGUCUAUUGAAGAAGACGCCGAAACUUUAAAGGAUGAGAAUGAUCAGGAAGAGGAUCCAACAGAAAAAACGCACACAAUUGAUUGGUCACGCACAGAUGAACCUUUGGAUGUAUUGGAACAAAAACUGACAAGAGAAGAAAGGAUUGCAAUACAAAAAACUAAAAGAAUCGAAGAGGCCAAGUCAAAAGAAGCACGUUCAAAUUCUGAACGUAUGGUACAUGAAUUAAAAGACGUUUUAGGACGGCGGAAGCCAUUGCUUUCAGAAGAUGACCGUUCACAACCCACUUUAGAAGAAUCAGAUUCAAUACAAACGAAUCUCGAGCUACUAUCAUAG